ACCUCUUCCGGCCUCUCUGGCUGCCUCGGUGGCUGUGCGUCUCUAUGGUUCCGGCGCGGGCUAGGGGCGGCGGCGGCGGCGUUGGUCGGGCGGAGGCCGCAGCAGAGGCGCCAUGGACAGCGGCGGGCGGCCUUCGGCGAUCCAGCUCAUCCUGCUGGGCACCAGCUCGGCCGUGGCCGCCGCCCUGUACUCCGUGUAUCGGCACAAGGCCCAAGCAGCCCGCGAGCUCAAGGGAGCCAAAAAAAUUCACUUGGGUGAAGACUUGAAGAGUAUUCUUAUUGAUGCUCCAGGGAAGUGUGUGCCUUAUGCUGUCAUUGAAGGAGCUGUGCGUUCUGUUAAGGAAACUCUUAACAGCCAAUUUGUAGAAAACUGCAAAGGAGUAAUUCAGAGACUGACCCUCCAGGAGCACAAGAUGGUGUGGAAUCGGACAACCCACCUCUGGAAUGACUGUGAAAAAAUUAUCCACCAGAGAACAAAUACAGUACCCUUUGACCUGGUGCCCCAUGAGGAUGGCACAGGUGUGGCAGUCCGAGUUCUGAAGCCCCUGGACUCUGCUGAUCUAGGCUUAGAGACUGUCUAUGAGAAGUUCCAUCCUACAAUCCAGUCCUUUACUGAUGUGAUUGGCCACUACAUCAGUGGGGAGCGACCCAAAGGCAUCCAGGAGACAGAGGAGAUGCUUAAGGUGGGGGCCACUAUCACUGGUGUUGGGGAACUGGUCCUAGACAACAAUUCCAUCCGCCUGCAGCCUCCCAAACAGGGCCUGCAGUACUACCUGAGCAGUCAGGAUUUUGACACCCUCCUGCAGCGACAAGAAUCUAGUGUCAAGCUCUGGAAGAUCUUGACGGUCAUCUUUGGCUUUGCUACCUGUGCCACUCUCUUCUUCAUCCUUCGGAGGCAGUACCUACAUCGGCGAGAACGGCAGCGCAUGAAGCAGAUGCAGGAGGAAUUCCGGCAGCAUGAAGCCCGGGUCCUGAGGGCAGCCAGUGCUGAGGAGAGAGAGACUUUAAAAAAUGCCUGUGUUGUGUGUCUGAGCAGCACCAAAUCGUGUGUCUUUCUGGAGUGUGGCCAUGUCUGCUCAUGCAGCGAGUGUUACCAGGCCUUGUCUGAGCCAAAGAAGUGUCCCAUUUGCAGACAGGAGAUUGUCCGUGUAGUUCCCUUAUACAACAGCUAACUGUUCAUGGAUUUGGAGUUUAUUAUGGAAAUGGUUCUCCUUUUCAAUGGAUUUUACCAGUCCCUUUGAGAGACAGGGACACUUUGGUGGUAGCUACUUGUAACCAACAGGCAUCAUCAAGGGGUGGGAGGGAGAGAGCAAAAACUUCCCGAUCUGUUAAAUACAGCAGCAAAGAUUGGACACUUUAAGCUUUGAAGGAUUAUGCUUUAAAUCAAAAAGCAGGAGAGCCAAAGGUCCAUCCAAUGGGUGGUUGUAGCAAAACCAACUGUGUUUUUUUCUGCUGUUUUUCAGACAUGGGGUUUCUGGUGUGUGUGGGGUGUUUGUGUUUGUAUGUAUGAAAGAGAAAAGUCACCAGACCCCCUAUACUUCACAACCAGUUCUCUUCUUAACCUGUGUCUUUGAGAUUUUUUUCCCUGUAUUAUUGCAAACAAGUUGGGUGAUCCCCAUUGGUUUAGGAUACAGCCUGGGUUCAGGGACUUAAUUAUCCCAUCAGGAAGAAAGGGAAAACCAGGUAGUAAAUAGGAAUUGAAUUUUUCAAAGCUGCCUCAGGAAAAGCAUAGGUCAAAACAGGAGCUGCCAGCUGGUAUUAGGCCUCAUUAAAAAAAUUUUUUUUUUUUGCUGUCCCACCACUUGUACAUUGUUCAGUGCUUUUCUUCUUAACCAUUACCCUUUGUCUUCGAAUUGAUACUAAGUAUCAGUGGUAUCUGAAGAGUGGUAAGGGCUUUGCAGUUGGGGUUAAGUGACUUGCCCAAGGUCACACAACUAGGAAGUAUCUGAGAUCAUAUUUGAGCCCAGGACCUACCAUUUCCAAUCUGGCUCUCUAUUUACUGAACCCCUUUGUUCAACGCUUUUAACUAAAAUCACUAGGAAAUGAUAUUUUGAUAAGGCUUUCCUUCCUUCUCAUCCCUCUUAGAAACUGUAUAAGGGGAACACAUUUGUACAUAUGUGUAGAAAAGUAAGGAAGUAAAACUCCCCUUGUCUUAUGCUGCACACCUCUAAUAGCUCAACAUUUUGGGAAGUAACUUGAAGGGGACCUUAAGGGAGCUUUUUAAUCACUUAGUGGUGAUAACACAAGUCAGGCUGGAUCUCUCAAUUCCCCUUCACCUUUGCCAUGUCCCCUUUCAGUUGCCUCAGUGCACCCACCGCUUCAACCAUGUUGACUGAAGAAAACUAAUUGAAUGCUGCCCCUAUUUCAGAUGAGGAUAGCAAGUGCUCAGGACUUAAAGGAAAGAAGUGAGGCUGCACCAGCCUCCUGCCUUGGGCAGCUUCUUUGACCAACUGGGAGUAUGGGAGCACCAGAGUCUUACUCUGUCGAUCUUCCCUUUCCCCAAAAUGAGACCAUCCCAUGGAAGUAAUCUCAUUAUCUCUUCUCGGUUUGCUUUCCUCCCUUCUUUGUCCACUGGAAUUCUGUGAGCACCAGAUAGGAUAGGAGGGAAAUCUCCUUUCCCAGCCUUUCAUCAGGAAGCCAAAGGCCGUGUUCAUAGCCUGUCUUUGUGGCUUCUUCCCCUGUGAACAGGGCAGUCAGGGUAACAAACCAAUACCGUGCAUUGUCCUAUUUGGCUUAUGUGCAGAGGACACAAAGUAAAUAUUUUAUGUUGAAACCAAAUGUGAGUCCAUUGCUUUGUGCAAAUUUCCACUGACCUAGCUCUUCUCUCGCCCCACUUUUUAAACCUCAGAAUUAGAGCUACAAUGGGUCCUAGACAUUAUCUGGUCCAACUCCAUUUUAUAGGUGAGGAAAUAAUAGCACUAUAUGGAGUUCUUGGAGGUUUGCAAAGCAUUGCACAGAUAACUCAUUUGAUCCUCACAACCUUGGGAGGUAGGUGCUUUUAUCCCCAUUGUGUAGAUAAGGAAACUGAGGCAGAAGUGAAGGGACUUGUCUAGGGUCAAACAGCCAGAUUUGAACUAGGGCCUCUCUCUCUCCAAGUUCAGGUCCAUCACUAACUGUUUGCCAGCUAUCUGCCCAGGUACCCAGAGGACCAUCAUCAUACAUGUAAAGCUAAAAUGAUCUAGAUCUUGAGGCUAAAUCUGUUUGAGCUGAUAUCUACUGACAGCCCCAGGGCCCUGCAAGAUUCCAAAAGGUCUGCUGACCCGUGCAGUGAAGUGAGGCGAGGUGUGGCCCUAGUGCUUUGUAUAUUAUUUCACUGCAGUGUUUUGAAAGUGGAUCAUCUAUGUCUAGAGGUUUUUAGGGUUGAAUGAGAACAAUGCUGAAUUUGGGGACUGAAUUUGGAUUUAAAUCCUAGCUCUGCUCCAUACUAACAUGGACAAAAUCACUUCCCUUCCUGGGUCUCGGUUUUCUCCUUUGUAAAAUGAAAGGGUUGGACUAGAUCCACAAUUCUCAAAGAGUGUUUCAGGGACCCUAAGGAAUCCCCAAGACCUUUAUAUUUCUAAAUCUAUUUAUCAAUAAUUUCUAUCAAAUGUCAAAAUCAAAAUAUCCAUAUCAAUGUAACUAUCAAUAGAUAUACCACAUGAAAAGCUCCUUAGUUUUUCAGAGUGUAAAAGGGUCCUAAGACCUGAAAGUUUGAGAGCUACGGAUCUAGAUAAUCCCAGAGGUGCCUUUUAGUACUGAAUUAAUUCUAGGAUCCUGUAGUGUGGCUGGGCCCAAUAACGAGUCUGUUUAACUAAAACAGCCGGGACCAUUUGAGUUUGUUGUCCAACAAAGUAUAUAGGCCUACUCCAAAUGGGAGUGCCUUCAUGUUCUUUUGCAACAAUAGCCCAUGGUUUAUAAUGCAUAGUAACCGAACUCCACUUAGAAGUUCUUUCUUGACACCCUUUGGCCAGUUGGCCAAUCUUAAUGUAACUGCGGGGGAUGUAACUGGACACCCUUUUCCCUGUUCUCAGGCUUAAUGCGUUUUCCUAGAACCAAAGAAUGAGACUAGUGGCAUGUCCAAAGGCACCGAUCCUCAAAGACUUCCUGGAGGGAGUCGGGUUUGGAGAUCAGGGUUAGUCUGGUGGAGAGGAGGGAGGGUUGGCCAUCCCAUGGGUGACCUUACUGGCCCUUCAGCAGAACCCUGGGAUUGAGCCAACCCCAAAUCUUGAUUUCCUCUGGGCUCCCUAGCCUGACCUCUCUUCUUGGCCCCCUUGGCUGUUGGCCCUGUUUUUGUUCUCUCGCUGUGGCCCCCUCCCCAGGCCCUGCAGACUGGAUACCAUCGCCUUUUUCACCUCCUGCCAUCCCAGGCACUGUACCUGUUGGUCCUGACUGACUUUUUUUCCCUGUGGGGUAUGGAGCAGGGGGGAGCCUCUUCUGGACUUGUAGGCUUCUGGGUAAGCAAACCAAUUGGGCUUGCUGCAGCCUGUAGGGAAUUGGCAGGCCUUGCCUGUGAGGCCAGGAGGUAUUUUAAGGUCCUUGUGUGCCCGUGUGGCUAGUCUUGGAAAUCAGAUGUGACUUCCCUGAGGCUAGUUGCUCUGCUAGGUGUCAGGAUUGCCUCUUGCCAAAACCCAGGAGGGGAAAACUGUGUUUUCUUUCUAAUUAGAUGGCAUUAACAUCCAUUUUGAAUGCAAUAAAUUUCCAUGUAUUCUACCCUGAA